AUGUCAGAGAUUACGGUCACAAUAAAGUCCUCAGGAGACAAGAAGUACGAAGUCACGUUCAAUCCAUCCAUAAAAAUAUCUGAAUUGAAGGAGUUGAUAGCGGAGAAAUCGUCGAUUCCAGCUUCAAGCCAGCGAUUAAUCUAUUCUGGUAAAGUAUUGAAGGAUGCAGAAACAGCGGAGUCGUACAAGAUCCAAAACUCACACACAAUCCACUUGGUGAAAAGUGCCAACACUGCAUCUGCAUCUGCACCUGCACCAGCAUCAGCAUCAGCACCAACAGCUAGGGAAUCUUCAACUACGGAUGCCGCUUCUAACAUUCCUUCAAAUAUUGCUGCAGGUCAAGGGUCAUUUAACCCAUUAGCUGACUUGACAGGGGCUCGUUAUGCCGGUUAUACACAGUUACCUUCGGCCUCUCUUUUUGGUCCAGAUGGAGGAAUGAAUUCAAACUUGCCUGAUCCAGAACAACUAUCCUCAAUGAUGUCAAAUCCAAUGUUUCAAGAGCAAUUGAACGCCAUGUUGUCCAACCCCCAAAUGUUGGACUUUAUGAUUCAACAAAAUCCACAAUUGAGAGCAAUGGGCCCUCAAGUGAGAGAGAUGAUGCAAAGUCCAAUGUUUAGACAAAUGAUGACAAACCCGGAAAUGUUGAGAUCGAUGAUGCAGAUGCAACAAGCUGGUGGUGCAGCAAACCCAUUUGGCGGACUUGGAGGAGCUGGCGCUACGGCUAAUACUUCUUUUCCCGCUCCAGGCGCUAACCCAACUACUGAAGGUCCCGCAAGCAAUGAUAAUAACGCUGGAUCCAACCAACUGGGUGGCAAUGCAAGUGGCAAUGCAAGUGGCAACAACCCAUCCUCCCAAGCCAACCCUUUUGCUAGUUUAUUCCCCAAUGGUGUUCCACCCAUAGAUCCAGCUGCGUUGUUUGGUGGUGCCAAUCCAUUUGGCCAGUCUAAUGCACCAGUUGACAAUAGACCACCAGAGGAAAGGUACGAGUCCCAGUUGAGGCAAUUGAACGACAUGGGAUUCUAUGAAUUUGAAAGAAACGUAGAGGCAUUGAGAAGAACAGGCGGAAGUGUACAAGGGGCUAUUGAGUACUUAUUGAAUAAUUAA